AUGAUGCUGUUGGAUUGGGUUGGUGAACAUGUCUCGGUGAGUAAUGUUUUGGAUUAGAAACUACUCUCUGAUUAUUAAACAGCGGUUCUAGAAUGACAGCGGAAUAAUUUCAGGUGCCAUUUCUGUUAUCCACGUUGUUAAUCAUAUACGUUUUUCAUGAGCUUUACUGGAAGCGUCGGAAAUUACCACCAGGCCCGGUUCCAUGGCUGGUUGCAGGCAAUAUGUUGGAGGUUUGUUAAUUUUUUUAUUUUUAGCAUAAUCAAAGUGCAAAUAAAGCCGUCUACAAAGUGGGCCAAAAAGCUGACGUUACGACUUUUCGGAUCAGCGACAGUUUGGGCCGACGGUACUUUGGUUAACCUCAAAUUUUUGUUUAAUGAAUUAUAGUGGCUAGAAGAAAUGAUAAGAUUCUAGGCUAGUUAAAAGAAAUGACAAGAUUCAUCAGGUGAACGAAUAGUUUAUCACAUAUUUUGAGGUAUUUUACAUGUACUAAUGCACUAAUAUUCAGAUAAAACUUACGGAUCUUCGUUUUUUUUGCAUGUUUUUGUUGUUUCUAUUUAGAACAAAUCAGGGUCAAAACAAAUAAGGUUAGCAAUAGCUAUGUAAAAUUAGAAGAAAUAGUCAUAUUGAAGGUCUUCGCCAAGUCUCCGCCGAGCCUUCGCGGACCGUCAGCCAAGCAUUCAGCGGCUUUUCCAGGCCCUGUAGGCACCUCCUACGGUCUUUUUUUGGGUCAUCACCAGUCACACGCUUCGUAUCGAUCGAUUUUAUAUUAACCUGAACUGUCCGUCGACCCGAAAAAUCGAGAUGCCAAGAACUCUUGACGUGUUUUUGUGCGGUCUACGUACAGUGACGGACAUGAUCCAGUGGCAAAAAACGUACCAUUUUGCAGCCGGGAAGCAUCAAAAAUGUGGCAAAAUGCUUCCCUCUCCAAGUGAAAAAACUUCGUUUUGAAGGGCGCGCCCUUUCCCUCACAAGAAAAGAGAGAGAGAGGGAAGCAUUUUGCCACAUUUUUGAUACUUCCCGGAUGCAAAAUGGUACGUGUUUUGCCACUGGAACAGGACCCCCGCUGUAGCCAAGUGGCUAUGGUGUUUCCUUCGUCAAAAAUUUUAAAAUACGGUCGGCUUUCUCUCAACUUCUCUUCCCCAACAUAAAAAUCUUUUUUCAGGUCCUCCUCAAUCCGGAUAUUGAUAAAUUAUUUUUGAAAUGGAAGCAAAAGUUUGGCGGUAUCUUUACAUUUUGGAUUGGUCCCAUUCCCAUGGUUAUGGUGGCUGAUGUGCCAUUGCUCAAAAAGUACUUUAUAAAGCAUGGCGACAUGUUCAGCGGACGCUGGAGGAAUUUCAUCACAGACCACAUGCUUGGUAAGAGUUGGGUUUGUAAAAUACGAGCUAUACAAAGGACUAAAAAGGCUAUAAAAAAUAACUAUAAGGACCAUAAGAACUCCAAAAAAAACUUUUCCAGACGGGUUCAACGGCGUGGUCCAGACGGACGGUGAGAAGUGGCGAGAGCAGCGGAGAUUUUCUCUCCACGUUUUGCGCGACUUCGGCGUUGGUCGCUCCUUUAUGGAGAAUAAAGUGAUGCGAGAAAUUGACCGCUUUUUGGACAAUUUGGAUUUGGCUAUCGAGAAGAAUGACGGGAUCAUCGAGCCGGACAAAUUGUUGGGUGUUUGUGUUGGAAAUAUCAUCAAUGAUAUUUUGUUCAGCAGGACGUUUGAGCAGGUAGGUUAAUGCAAAAAAAUCAAUAUUUUGGCGCACUAGGUUAUGCCGAAAAAAUUUAUCGGAAAAGUCUAUUUUUUAGAAUGAGGAAGAGACUUGACUCAUUUGAGUCAACUGUUUCUCUCAGUGGGAAUUGGCUUCAGAUUUUGAAGAAACUUGGCCUAAAUCAAGAAUAGAAUUUUUGACGGCAUUUACAUGAUUUUUAGUUCGCGUUUUGCAGAAACUACCAAGAUUUUUUGACCGAAAGUUUUGAAAAAUGACACUUUUCCUUAAUUUUUGGGCCUAAACAUUUUACUGUCUUCACUGAUUUUUGAAAAUCGCAUUUGAUUUUUUGAAAAUCGCAUUUUUUAAACCUCUAAACAUUAGAGGUUUAAAAAACCUCUAAUGUGUCUUCGAAAACCCCAUUCAAUAUUUAUGUCAAGUUUCACCAAGAUCUGACGACAUUUUCCGGCCAGUGCAACACUUGACUCAAUUGAGUCAAGUCUCUUCCUCCUUCGCUAAAGUACCUGUAACCUAUGCUUCUUCAACUCCAACAAUAAUCAUCUCUUUUUUAACCUUUUUUUCAGCCAACUAAAUGCAUAAAACUUUGUUUUCAGACCGACAAAGACUUCCUCGAGAUGCAGCACGUCUUGGAUCAACAAUCCCAACUUGUGACCAAGCCCAUCAACGGGCUUUACCUCACACUGCCAUUCACGGUCAAAAUCCCGGUGCUGAAUAGCUCGUGGAAGAAACUAACGGCCGUUCGCGAUACUUUUUGGCAUUUUUUGGACGCCCAAAUUAAUGAGCAUCGAGUCGCGUUUGACCAGCAUUUAGCCGAACAAAAUGAGAAAAAAAGUUGUCACCCUGUAACAAGGAGUAAUACCGGCUCUGCCAAAGACAUUUCCACUGCUCCCCUGCGGGCAUAUCGCAUAUCGGAGAGCGAAAAUUCCGAGGAAGACUUUGAAUUCAUCCAAAACGAUGAAAAUCGCGAAAAUCGUCAAAAAUCCUAUGCUACGGAAACCGAUAGUGCUCAAGAAAUCGAUUAUCUGGACUCGGACUUCACCUACGUCUAUAUGAAAGAGAUGCAUCAACGCAAAUUGUCGGGUGAAAUGGGAUUUUUCAGCGACGUUCAACUGAAAAUGCUGCUGUUGGAUUUAUUUUUCGCUGGCAGUGAGACUACUGUAACCACCGCCAAAUGGGGUCUUGUCUUGUUGAUUAAUCAUCCGGAGAUUCAGAAAAAAGUCCAUGAGGAGUUGGACUGUGUGCCGAAUCGAGUGGGAAUGGAGCAUCGGAAUCGGUUGAGCUAUUUGCAGGCAACGAUUAAUGUAAGUCAAAAAAAUAUUUUAAAAGUUGACUAACGGAUAUAAAAUAAGGCCAGCCAAUUUAUGCAAACCUAUGUAAAUGGUGUCGAGACUUGUUUGGCGGAAUUUGGUUUCCGAGGUGAACACUUGACUCAAUUGGGUCAAGUCUCUCCCUAACCGGAAAGUACCUCAAGUGCGACGCUCAGAUUUUGAUGAAACUUAGCACAAUUUUAGAAUAAUUUUUUCUAAAAUAUAUGCGAAAAUUCUAGAUCGCGCUUUGCAGAAACAACCGAGAUUUUUUAUCAAAAGUCGGCGAAAAUUUGACAAUUUUUGCCGAACUUCGGCACGAAAUGUUUCAUACCUAUUUCUGCAGUAAAGGGGUUAUGUUUCCACAAAAAAUCAAUUUUUUCAGCGCGAAACUAGCGAAUUUAUGGCCAAAAAAGUGUUGUUCUCUCUGACCACUCUCCGCGGUUAACAUGCUCUCUCGGCGGCAAAAUCGCUCAAUAUCCUGAAAGUUUUAGCUCGCGCUUUGCAGGCGCCGCCGAGAUAUUGAGCGAUUUUGGCCAGCGAGAGAGUACACUAAACGUGGAGAGCGGUCAGAGAGAAAAACACUUUUUGGCCAUAAUUUCGCUAGUUUCGCGCUGAAAAAAUUGAUUUUUUGUGGAAACAUUACCCUUUACUGUAGAAAUAGGUAUGAAACAUUUCGUGCCGAAUUUCGGCAAAAAUUGUCAAAUUUUGGCCGACUUUCGAUCCAAAAAUCUCGGUUGUUCCUACAAAGCGCGAGCUAGGAGUCUCGUAUAUACUUUAGAAAAAAUAUUCUAAAUUUGUGGCAAGUUUCAUCAAAAUCUGAGCGUCGCACUUGGGGUGCUUCCCCGGUCAAUUGGGUCAAGUGUUUCCCUAACUGAGAAUUGACCAGAUUAUGACGAAGCUUGGCCAAAAUUUAGGCUAGAAGCCUCUGCUAAAUUUGAUAACAUUGAUACAUAAAAAUCUUUUCCUAUUUUCUCAAAAAAAAAAAAAACAAAAAAUCUUUUCAGGAGAUCCAACGUCUCGCCAAUAUCCUCCCAAUAAACCUGCUUCGGACCGUUACCCAAGACAUCGAAAUCGACGGGUAUCGUUUCAAAAAAGGCUCCAUGGUCCUCCCGCAGGUCUCGAUUCUCCUCAACGACCCCGACCAUUUCCCGGAGCCCGAGGAGUUUCGGCCGGACCGUUUCUUGGACGAGAACCAAAAUCUGCGCCGUUUCGAGGCCUUUAUGCCGUUUUCGAUUGGGAAGCGCCAAUGUUUGGGGGAGAGUUUGGCUCGGAUGGAAUUAUUUUUGAUUUUCGCAAAUUUGCUGCGCAAUUUUUCGUUCGAAAGUUGCGAUGGGGAAAUUUCGAACAGGCGGGUUUUGGGAUUGACGGUUUCUCCGCCCAAAUUUCGAUGUAAAGUUAGGCGGAGGGAGUAUUGA